AUGCCCAUCGUUCAGUUUGCACCCUUUCAAUCUCUCGUGCAGCCCGCUUUCUGGCAUGCCCUCACUGAUCUGAAGAUCGAUGUCCUUCGUCUUUCAGAGGAUGCCCUUCCGGUGACAGCGACGUAUACCACAGGCCGCGCCGUCAAGGACCGCGAGACAGGAAAUGACAUUGCGCUAGGCUGCAACCUGACCAUAAGCGGCGACGCGUUCUCCAACACCCAUGUGCCACAGCAUGCGGUCGCUGCUACGGGAUCCUUCAAGAAUUUCAACACCAUCGAAGACUUCAAGAACGCGGACAAGACCGCGCUAUUCAACUCUGUUGCCGACGAGAUCUGGAAGAGCAUUACCGUCGACAAAUCCACAGCCCUCCUCAACCGCUUCCUUGUCCUCACCUUCGCUGAUCUCAAGAAGUACAAGUACUUCUACUGGUUCGCAUUCCCCGCUUUCGCUUCCAAGCCAGCAUGGGAGAUCGACGGAGAAUGGGCCGCAGCAGAAGACAUACUUGGCGCGGACUCGCUCGCCGCCAUCCGACCUCAACUACGUGUAUCUCCGCGCCCCUUCUUCCUCGUUCGCGCCUCCGGGGGGCAAGCUACAACAGCACCAGUCGAGGACUACGUGUCCUUCUUCGCCGGCGUCCCCCCAGCUGAGCGCGCCAUCGGCUUUAUUGAUCCAUCUGCCGUGCCCAACAACCCCGGCUGGCCGCUCCGUAAUCUACUCGCCUACCUCCGUGCGUUGUACCCCGAGGACGCUGCGCAAGGCCUCCGUGUGUUGUGCUGGCGCGAUAGUGAAACCCCCCAGACCGGCGCCCCAGGCGGAUGGAAAAGUCGAUUUGGGGUGGUGAAGCAGGGCGCGGGCGAGUCGAUUGCACCGACUGAGAAGCCAAGCGCGGUCGGAUGGGAGAAGAACAUACAAGGCAAGCUCGGGGCUCGCGUCGCAGAUCUUGCUCCCAUGAUGGACCCGACGAGGCUCGCGGACCAGGCCGUGGACCUCAACCUCAAGCUGAUGCGAUGGCGCAUCCUCCCCGCACUCGAUUUGGAGAAAGUCGCGAAGACUCGUUGUCUCCUGCUUGGCGCUGGCACGCUGGGGUGUUACGUCGCGCGCACGCUCAUGGGAUGGGGCGUACGAACCAUCACCUUCGUCGACUCGGCGCGCGUUUCGUUUUCGAAUCCUGUCCGGCAGCCGCUAUUCGACUUUGAGGACUGCCUUAACGGCGGCAAGCCAAAAGCAGCGUGCGCGGCAGAGAAGCUCAAGAAGAUCUUUCCAGGAGUUAACUCCAACGGAUACAAUCUGUCCAUUCCCAUGCCUGGCCACCCGAUCCCGGCCGGCUCUGUAGAGCAGGCGAAGAAAGACGUCGCGACGCUGGAAAAGCUUGUCGACGAACACGACGUCAUCUUCCUCCUGAUGGACUCGCGCGAGUCUCGCUGGUUGCCGACGGUUCUCGGCGCAACGAAGGGCAAGAUCAUACUCAACGCUGCGCUCGGCUUUGACACGUUCCUCGUAAUGCGACACGGAGCCCGGACGCCGACUGCGAAGGGCGAGCGCCUUGGCUGCUAUUAUUGCAAUGACAUCGUCGCGCCCUCUGAUUCGCUCACGGAUAGGACGCUGGACCAGAUGUGCACGGUGACGCGCCCUGGCCUGGCCUCGAUCGCGGCGUCGACUGCUGUCGAGCUGCUUGUUUCAAUGCUCCAGCAUCCCGAAGGCAUCAACGCGCCCGCGCCGCCCCCGCAAGCAGGUAGCGCAGAGGCCGGCCACGGCCACGAGUCCAUCCUCGGGCUAGUACCACAUCAACUGCGCGGAUUCCUCGCACAAUUCCGGAAUGUCCCCAUUGUCGGUGCGGCGUACAACCGAUGUACGGGUUGCAGCGAGAAGGUGCUGGAGACGUACGAGAAGGAGGGCUUCGACAUGCUCUUGAAGGCGUUCAACGACACGGAGUAUCUGCCGGAGCUUACGGGACUGAAGCAGAUGUACGAGGAGACGCAAGCGGCGUUGGAGAACGAUGACCUCGUCGACGGGGAGGAAGACGAUUUCUAG